UUGAACGCAGUCGACGCGCGUUUUUCAUAUUUUAAUUUGUUGUCUUAUUUGUCUGUUAAUUGCUGUUCAAUUAUUCGGAAAUGGAUAACAAUUGCACUAACAAAAGUCGUACCAGUAGUCGAAAUGAUCAAAACUCACUGGGCAUUCUCAGCAUGGAAAAUCUAAGAGUUUUUGGAGACAUGUCCAGUUUAUACAAAAGCAGCGGCAGUGUCAAUAAUAGCAGAGACUCAUCCAAUGUAAAUGAGCGUCUCAGAGCAGGACGUAUCAAGGCGAUAGAGACGCUGGAAAAGCCGCGUCAGCGCUCGAGUCAUAUAAGCCCCACGACGAAGCUUGGUGAUAGUUCCCAAACUGGUGAACGCAAUAAAACAAAUAUGAACGGACGUGUAAGUAGCGCAUCGAAUAACUUCAGCAAUAUAUCUGAUCUGGUAACUGAGGAAACCAUUGACUUAAACUCGAGCGCUUCAGUUUUAAUGCCAGCGCCGACGGACGCACCUUUUUUUUUUGAGCCGGCUGAGAUCACGGGCCGUUCAACUUUAUGCAAAACAAGCAGCCGCAGCUCAAAGCCCAGGCAGAGCACCAACAUGUCUGUGGCUGACAUUCUCAGAUCAUCGUUUUCCGAACGAGCCCGUGUGCAGUAUGCCAAUCGUCUGGAAAAGGAGCCUUGCGAUAAUAAAAGCGACAUUAGCAGCCUUGGUGAUUCCUUCAAUACUUCGCGGAGUUUGCCACGCACCGCUGACUUGAGCAACAUGAGUCUCAAUGGUGGAACGGGCAUAUCCUUUGGCUCGGUUACUAACCAAGCCUGCGACGAAAGCUUUGCGCCAGCCGAGUUAAUGCAGUCUAAGCUACUGAAUGGCGAAAUUUCGUGGGCGCAAGAAUUUACUGCUAUUCCUACGGCUACACUAAGCAAACAGGCGCUACAAAAAAUAGCUGCCCCGCAGCCACCUGCUGUGCUGGAGGCAUCAAUAUCCAAUUCAAUUCUUGCUGGAGAUGCAGACUUUUCGCUGGGAAAUUACUUUCAGAUGCGCUCCGAUAAUAUCUCAAACAUUGUGGGCUUCGACCACAAUAAUGAGGCUAACAAGACUGCAAGCAGCGUGGGUAUAAUAACGCCGCAUGUUGAAAACAAAACGUACACAAAACUUGAGAGUGCCAAGCUAGAGCGUAAUCUAAUGAAACAGAUGCAUAAAGAGAGAAUUCUAAAUGCAGCAUCCACAAAAGCAACAGAAGCUGCAAGCAGCUCCGAGCUACUCAGUCUGACAGCCAUUGACGAAGCCUUGCGCAACCUGAAUUCAGAUACCUCCAUUAGCGAUAUGGUGAGCAAGCUGCGCGCACAGACACACGGCGAUGAAAACAAGGAGAAUGAAACCGAUAGCACGCUUUGCAAAUCAAAGUCCAAGCUUACAGACACAAUGAGCUUCACGGAUUCCAUAUUGAAUUGCACUGAUUUUCGAGAAAUGCAAAAGAGCAUGACGGAGACAACAAAUAGGCAGCCGCUUAGUCCGCUGGCGGAUUACAAUAGCAACCAACCGCAGAUACUGAUCACCAAUGUUACCGAUCAUGAUGCGGAUAUUGAUGAAUGGCCCUCGACCCCGAUAAAGUCACCGGCGCGACGUGUUCGCCGCACUAAGUCGCCGAAUUCAAAGAAGAGCAUAAGUCCAACGAGCAGCGAUGGAGUACGUCCACUGCCCAGCACCGACGAGGAGGCAAGCACAAACACUGAUGAUGACAAAACGCCCGUGAAUAAGAAAGCAAGCUCUAUUAUCGCUGGCGCUCGCAGGCAAACCUCAUUUUGUUCGACGCGCCUGGAAGUCUGUGACGCUGUGCCAUCUUCCACCGAUUGUGAUUUUGGAAUCUCGCCCAAUUUGGGCGCAACAACAACAAGCGUGCGUCAUGUGUCGCCGCUAUCAUCGCCACGCAGUUGUCUCUCUUCGCCUCUGCUGGACAGCACAACAAGCUCUGAGCGUCGUCUGUUGCUAGCUGGGCUAACCGCAGGAGGUGUACGUAAGAUCAACUCAUCGCCGGCAGGCAGCGAGGCCAGCUCAACGAGCGGCUUAGCUGCCUCGACCAGAACCGCCAAUGGCACGGCACCGCGCAGCUUGUCGCGCUGCUCCAAUUCGAGCGAGUUUAGUCAUCGAGACGGCAAAAUACUGCCGCUAAAAGUCACACACACCAGCUUGUGCUGGGGCAGCACCAAGAUGCGGACGGACGUUCGCAAGUCCAUGCAGAUCAAAAACACGGCCAGCAAGCGACUGGUGCUGCGCAUCUGCAUACAAGGACCAGGAUUCCAGUUGGUAAACGUUGAGAGCAAUACGCUAAUGCUGCAAGCAAUGGAGUGCCGCACGAUCAGUAUUAAUUUUUGUCCCACUGUCAGUGGUGCAGCCAUUGGCUCAAUAUCAUUUUUUGCGCCAGGCUCUAACAGUGGCCAGCAGCCCGCAUUGGAAAUACCAUUGUAUGGCUACGGCGGUAAUGCAUCCAUUACCAUACAAGGACUACUGAAAGGACCAGUGGGCGCCAGCUUCCUAACCUUUGGCAGUGUGGGAGAUUUGGCCUCGGGCCCGCUCACAGCAAGUUUUAAAUUUUACAACAAAGGACCGCUGACCGCCUUUGCUGGCAUUGCCGUGGAUUCGACGGUGCUGUUGAAGCCACGCCUCAACGUCGCCUUCGAGGUGAAGCCAAACAAGAUUAUUUUGCCACCGUAUAGCGAAGCGCUGGUCCAGAUUGUAUUUCGUCCAAAUCGCGAAGAUAUUAAAAACAUACUUAAGAAAUCAUCGCAAGUGCUGACUUUGGCCAACAUGCGCAUCUUCUGUGGCGACGAGCCUAACAGACAGCGCAUGCGCGCCUUGGUACAGCGCAUGACGGUGGAGCAGCGUGAGCAACUUACCUCAUCCAUGCUGGAUAACAUAUGGUGUAGUUUUCCGGGUGAGCAGCCCAUACGCAAUAUGGGCUUGCUUAACGAGCCACCAGAGUUUAUACUUGAUUUGGUCACAGUGGUGCGCAUAAUUGAUGUCGCACUCACUCUCAAUCGUGAGUUUGACGAAUCGGACGAUAGCUCUCAACUUUUAAUGCCCGAUGCGGAUGAGACAGUUCUCUUUCGCACCGUAUGUGCCGCGAACUCUCCAACGCCCAGUAAUAUGCUUGAUCCUGUUGAUGAGCAGCUUGAAGCAGACACGACAACCACAAACGAACCCCAAGCUAUGGAACGUGAAAAUUGGUCAGUUGACCCAGCGGCAAUUUCUUUUGAUUUCUCUGAAAAGGACCAAGUAAGAGAUGGAACAAAGUUGACCAUUAGGAAUUUCUUUCGAUCACGCCAGUAUAUCGAGAUCAACUGCAACGUCGCGGAACUAUUCCAGAUAACGCCUAGCGAGUGCUACAUAGCGCCCGAUGGUGGCCAAGUUGAGGUCUCUGUGCGACCAUUGCGCAGCCUCAAGGCGGAGUCACUUAAAACAAAUAUGCAGAUUAUGCUCGUUGUAUCUAUGGAAAGUGAACGUAUCAAUGUGCCUGUCACUUUAAAAGCUUAAGCUAGGUUUAAUUUUUAUUGUUUAUCACAAAGUUUUUGAAAUAAUUUGAUUGUGUUUUUAA